GACCUCGCACUCACUUUUUAUCUCUCUCUCCCUCUCUCUCUCUCUCUCUCUCCCUCUCUCGCGCUCUGAAACAGCGAAAGCUGUUGGCUCGCGCGCGCUCAGUCUAAUUAUUCCACUCUCGCGCAGCUGAGUGGCGAGUGCUGAAAGCUCCGCACCGCUUUCCAUCUCUUCCUUCCGCACUGCGAUUCCGUUAGGAGACGGUCCUCUUUGGCGGACACGUACUAGCCCACCUGGACAGAGGUUUUCAUCAGGACACGGAAACGUGUUAAAAGGAGUCUCGUGCAAACGACAAAUGCACGAGACCCGAGGCCGGUGCCCCCAGACCCGACGGGGAGGGAGACAAGCAGAGCAGUGAUGGGACAGUUUUCGGGAGGAUGCUACCUGAGUUUUUUCAUCUUUGUGCUUCUUGGUUCGCAGGUGCCGACCACAUUAGCGAGAGGUUAUGAGGACUGCAUUAGCGCCACCACCGGGACUGGCAAACUGGAGAACAUAAUGGAAUCUAAAUUUAAUCCAUCCAAAAUCACAAGUCAACGAGGUGAAGCCCUCCAGCAUGGACAAUCUGGGACCCUGCCUCACUUCCUGGAGGAGCCUGUCGAUGCCUACAUUGUCAAAAGUAAUCCCAUCAAGCUCCGGUGUCAAGCUCGGCCUGCACUCCAGAUCUUCUUCAAGUGCAAUGGUGAUUGGGUCCACCAGAGCCAGCACACGUCUCAAGAGCACACUGAUCUCACAACAGGGUUGAAGAUCCGUGAAGUGAUGAUCAACGUGUCGCGUCAGCAGGUGGAGGACUUUCAUGGCCCAGAGGACUACUGGUGUUUGUGUGUCGCCUGGAGUCACCUGGGAACUUCCAAGAGCCGCAAGGCAACAGUCCGGAUUGCCUACCUGCGGAAGAACUUUGAGCAGGACCCCCAAGGCACUGAGGUGCCUCUGAAUGGCAUGAUUGUGUUGCAUUGUCGUCCCCCAGAGGGAGUGCCUGUGGCUGAGGUGGAGUGGCUGAAAAAUGAGGAGCCCCUGAGCUUUGAUGAUGGUAAUGUCAUGGAGAAAAAAGGUGACCACAACCUCAUCAUCUCAGAGGCCCGGCUGUCUGACUCUGGAAACUACACCUGUGUUGCUAGCAACAUUGUGGCCAAGCGACGCAGUGCCACUGCUACUGUUAUUGUCUAUGUGAAUGGCGGCUGGUCAUCCUGGACAGACUGGUCUCCCUGUAACGUGCGCUGCGGUCGAGGUGUGCAAAAACGCUCUCGCACUUGCACAAAUCCGGCGCCUCUCAAUGGUGGAGCCUUCUGUGAGGGCAUGUCAGUACAGAAGAGUACUUGCAACACAGUGUGUCCAGUGGAUGGCGGUUGGGGAGAGUGGAGUGAGUGGUCAACGUGUAGUUCGGACUGCGAGAGGCAGCGCAGCAGAGAGUGUACGGCUCCGGAGCCCAAGCAUGGGGGGCGACUGUGUGACGGGGUGGCAGUGGCUACAGAAAACUGCACAGGCGGCCUCUGUACACAGAAUCGGAAGUUGCUGCAUGAUGCCAAGCCACAAGGUGUGGAGAACAGCAGUGAUGUUGCCCUGUAUUCAGGCCUGGCUGCAGGGGUGGUGACAGUUGUAUUGCUCAUCGUCGCUGUCACUCUUUACCGAAGAAGCCAGAGUGAGUACGGUGUGGAUGUCAUUGACUCCUCCGCCCUCACCGGAGGCUUUCAGUCCUUCAGCUUCAAGACCUCUCGUCAAGCAAAUCCUCUGCUUAUUAAUUCAUCCAUGCAACCUGAUCUGACAGUGUCACGUACCUACACCAGCCCCAUGUGUUUUCAGGACUCCAUUGACAAGGAGCUAAUGGCUGAGCGCUCAUUCCUUGACCCGUUGCCUGAUCUUAAGGUUAAAGGGGUGACGGAAAGGGCAGAGUACCACGUCAUGUCCCACCCUCAGACAUUUCCAAGGGGACUGGCUCCAGACUAUAGAGGGGUUGCAGUGGGGACAACACUGGGCAGAAGAGGCAAAAACCUUUUCAGUCCACACGUCUCUCUGACUCCCCGCCUGCCUCUGCACAGAGCAACUGCAGUGUUUGGCCAUGCUGGAGGCAGGCUUGUGGUACCCAACACAGGUAUUAGCCUGCUGGUGCCUCACGGGGGGAUUGCAGAAGACACUACCUGGGAGAUGUACAUGAGCAUCAACCAGGAGGACAGCAGUACUGUGUCCGAGGAUGGGCCAGAGAUCUUUUUGAGCCCUGCAGUGACUUACGGCCCACCAGGCCUUGACCUCUCCUAUCCAAUAGCCAUGACCAUAGCCCAUUGUGCAGAAGUUGCUGCUGAUAAUUGGACCAUCCGCCUAAAGAGACACAUCCAAGACAACAAGUGGGAGGAAGUGAUGUCUGUAGAUGAGGAGAGCACCUCCUGUUACUGUCUGCUGGAGGCCCAGAAGUGCCAUGUGCUGUUGGAGCAUCCAGGUCGCUACGCUCUGGUGGGGGAGCCGCUGAAUCAGGAGGCAGGCAAGCGUCUGAGGCUGGCUGUGUUUGGUAGUCCGGAUGCCAGCAACUCUCUGGGCUUCACCCUCAGGGUUUACUGUGUGGACGACACACCCCAUGCAUUUCAGGAGGUGGCAGUGGGCGAGCGCAGCAGGGGCGGGCGGCUGCUGGAGGAGCCUAAAAUGAUGCUGUUUAAGGCGAACACGUUCAGCCUCCAGGUAUCCAUCCAGGAUGUCCCACAGUUACUCUGGAGCAUCAAGCCUUUCACCACCUGCCAGGAGUUCUCCUUUUCUCAGGUGUGGGCCAGUAACCAGCAUCCCCUGCAGUGUGCCUUCACUUUGGAGCGAUACAGCCACUCCUCGUCUCAGCUCUCCUGCAAGAUCAGCAUCCGACAGGUCACGGGCAAGGAGCAGAUACUACAGGUCUACACGUCUGUAGUGGAGAAUGAAAAGGGAGUGGUUCCCUUUUUCACGCAGUCGGACUGUACCAUCACCUCCCAGACAGGGUCAAGGGCCUUUAAAAUCCCCCUGUCCAUCCGUCAGCGGAUCAGCGCCACCUUUGACACCGCAAAUGCCAACGGGAAGGACUGGCAGCUCCUGGCUCAAAAGCUCCACAUAGACAGGAACUUGUGCUACUUUGCAUGUCAGGAGAGCCCGUCAUCAGUGAUUCUGACUCUAUGGGAAGCCCAGCACCAGGAUUCUGGGGACCUGGACUCUCUGGCCAGUGCCCUGGAAGAAAUCAGCAAGGUUCAUUCUCCUAAGGCAGUCACUCUCAGCUGCAGCAAAGAGGAACGGGACUCUGAAUUCACAAAACUGGCGUAGAGUGGCUGUACAUCAGAUGAAAAUGAACCUUUACUGCAUGAACACUUAUGUUCAGGUGUAGUAACUAACCUACAGUGAGGUGGAGGAGAUGCACAGAGGCCAGCAGGGCAACUUAAUUAUUGACUGUUACUAAAGGAACACCUCUGUUAAACCAAAUGAACCAUAGAGACAGAAGGAAAUCAGGAAAUGACCAAGAGAUGUGUUAUUAGGAGGCACCAACAAACUUUGGAAAGGCAUCUCAAAUUGACACACAAACACACACACAUUCAUUUUUCAUUGAGAAAUGUCAACUUCUGGUACUUCUGAAGACCAAUUUGAUACCCUGUGUUGAAGGAUUACAGAAGCCUGUGAAAAGAAGACAAAGUGUGUUUUAAGCAAACUGCCAAUCAGGUUGGUGCUGUGACCUCCCAGGAUUGGAUGUGCCGGUACUUGCCCUCAAACAGUCAUCUGGGCUGUCAAAAUGUUUAGUGUAAUGGCAUAUUUUCUUUAUGUCACUGACACCUCAUACUUUUUUUUUCUUUUCUGCACAUAUUUCGGCUGAAGCUUUUUAAAAACACACAAAGAAAAAAUGAAUAUCAGCUCUUUAUUUUGUCAGAACAUCUUGUUCCACAGUGAUUGGUAUAUAAAAGGACCUGGAGUCCACAUGCUUAGGAGAUGGAGAUUUAUGAGAAAUUACUUAUUAAAUGCCUUUGAGAGUCAUUUUACACACUUUUUCAGCUCUACAGACAGAGCCCACUGUCAAAGCACCGACAGCAGAGGAGGGUAACUCACCCACCACUGAUCUGUGCCUCAUAUAGCAAUGCAGCCGGAGGUCCAUCCCUGAGUGUCUCUCUUCUUAAUUUGGAGGAAAAUUACGUUUUACUGUGAGAGACUUCAUAGCAGGCAGACAGUAGAGACAUAAGUGUGUUCAUGUACAAUGCCCAGAGGCUUAUUUUUUCUCUAUUUUUAAUUUUAAAAUAAUAAAUUCUAAAACAAAACAAAAAUAUAUAUGAUUUCUGGAGCAUGGAGAUGAUCAAAUACCAGGAAAUGGUUAUUCAGAGACACUUAGCCAUCUUUUACUCCCUCUACUCCUGUCUUAUCUUUCCAAGCAGAGGCAACAUCCACUUGAAAAAAAAGAAGAUAAAAAAAGAUAUCCUGAUCAGGAAGAUCCCACAUUCGGUUGCUCCAGCUGCCCCUCAACUUAAUAAAGUGACUUUGUGUUGAACUCUGCGUUGGCACUCUCUUUUCAUGUGCUUAAUGAAUUGAAUUUUGAAAGGCCAGACAGCCCACAUGCUGCACAGUGGUAGAAAUCAGUCCAUGUUCAAAAACUUCAUUCAGAUAAGAGAUUAAGCAGAGUUUCAGAAAGGUGUAAAAUAUAUACAUAUGCACUAUUUGAGUUUGGACAGCAGAUCAUUGCCAUGUUGGUGUUGCGUCAUGCAGCUGUUUGAACUCCAUCUAAAGAGAAAUAUCUGACAGUCUCUUGGUUUUAACCCAUCAAAUUUGCCUAAAUUAGUAACCCCCCUUGAAAGGCUCAAAUAUUUUUAAAUGCCUAAAACUCUUGAUGGAUUUAAAUUCUUAAUGAAGACUUUCUGCAGUGUUCGUCUGCUCAGUAAGACCCUGUGCUCCACGGCACUCCACAAAGUUUGACGUGGUUUAAACAUUUUAAAAAGCGGCAUGUUGAAAGAGCACUGCUUUCUUUCUUACUUUGAUGCAUACUUGAGCAUUUUGAGAAAUUCAGCCAUCGCACAUAGUUUGCCAAGAAUGUUGAAAAUUUGUCACUAUAGCCAGUAGUCACUUAGCUUAGCAUUACAGCUGAAAAUGGAAAGAAAUAGCAGGGCUCGCUCAGGAGUAACAGCAUGUGCCCAAAGGUACCUCUAAAUCUCACUUACCUACCUGUAAAAUUUGAUUAUAAAAACAUCAGUUUACAUGCAGGGCUAUAUGCCAUCCCUUCAACCUGUGUCUUUAAGCUAAAGGCUAAGUUCACUCCUGUAAACAUGCUGUAGCCAGCAUCAACAUUAUGAACAGGUUCUGGGGGUCCAGGCUUACCUAGUAAAGUCGCUGUGUCCCCUCAGCUGAAUUCUACAGAUAUACUUCAACUGCUCAACUAAUUCAUCCAAUUGAGCAAUGAAAAGCGCAUUUGUGGUAACCAGGAUGACUAAGGAGGACACUGAACCCACAGGCCUAUGGAGGUCAGGUCAGGUCCUGAAACUAAAUUGAGAUCAUUUCAGCUUGUGCAGCUAGUUUUAGCUAGCAUGCGCAUAGUCAAAUAUUGCAAAAACAUAUGAAAGUGUAUUGAAAAUACUGUACGCUCACAGUCAGCUUUCCUAGUGUGUGGUGAUUUUACUGAUCCACUUCGGCACCAAGAGAAAAUGCCUCUCCUGAUAUUUUCACACUUUUAUAACUCUAACUACAUUUUUCUCUGAGUGUACUAUGCAUAUAUCCUUCCAAAUAUGUAUAGGGUGUUUGGGAAGUGACUUGAGGCAAAAGCCCCCUGCUGGGAGGGGGGGCAAGGUUGGUUCCCCGUCCAGUUGUCAUGGUCUGCUAUUGAUCCACCCUGGCUGUAUCCUUCCACAGACAAACUAGUGUGCAAACUAGUGAAUUUCUCAACAUGUGGAACACUUCUUCUAUUUAGCCUCCCAACUUUGUGGUCAAGCUGGCAGAGAAAGAUGCAGAUUGAAGUGCUCAUGCUGGCUUCACACUAAAAAAUGUAGUUCUUAUUGAUUCGUGCCAUCAUGGAAAUAGCACAAAGACAUGCAGUUCAUUCAAUAACUGCUGGGAAUCUGUUUUCAGUUACCCACGACUGCUCACUGAAAAUAAUGCAAACCUGUACACGGUUAGCAAACAUAUCCAAACCUUGUUUUUCUAUCUGUGUGGAUCAAAGAACAGCACAGAAUAAGCUGGACUAAAAAGUUGCUGGCCAAAGUUUGGAAUGCAGUCAUGACUGCAGGAAAUUUAUUGACAGACCCCCUCUUAGUAGUCGCAUGCUGAGUCAGACCUCUUAAGUUUAGUCAGGAUCUAAACAUAGCAUUUAAAAACACAGCUCACAGUACAGUAAAGAUAUAUAUUUGUAUAUCUAUAUUUUACACUUGGAUGUAUCUUCUGAAGAGUGUAAAGUGUCCGUUCCUGUCUGUUCAAUUUUCCCAUUCAGAUUCUCCCAUUCAGAUUCCCCCAUUCCCAGUUUAUAAAAAAUGUGAAAAGUUAUCACCAUGCUGACUAAAGGCAGAUCGUAAUGUUAUUUUCCAUGUCUUUGUAAUGCUGUUGACAUCUAUCACCUGCAUAUCUGCUGAAUGAGGACUAACAGCAGUGGAGUCCUUGAUUCAUCAGCGACGGCUCAACAGCUGAACUCCAUUCACUCCAAAACAGGUUUUCUCAAUUGUGAGAAAACUACAUGGAGCAGUUUUUUUGUCAAACUUCAGACUGAGUAUAAAGAGUUUCAAAAUUAGAAUCAGCUCCCAAUACUAAACAAGUAAAGUAAUAGAAACUGAUGUAUGAACGGGAAAUGAAAUUGCUCCAUGCAGUGCUGUUUUUCUACAGCAGCUGCAUUAUUCCCAUACUUGCUUCUUCUGUUUGCCAUCAGGAGAUACUUUCCAUUGCCACACGAACGGGCCAACUUUUAGCAUGCUCACAUAUGGGAGUGCAGGAAUCAUCUGGAAGAACAAUCUUACCUAUUCAGAAUUUGGUGCAGGGGAUCUCCAGCAGAGCUGCACCGUUGGCCUGCGUUGCUAAACAUUUUUCUGCAGUUGCUCACCAAAGUGGAAAAAAAGUAAUCUAACACAUACCCCACUGAUACAUCAUCAUUCCCUGAGCUGACUCCUUGAAAAUGACUUCUGAUGAAAGGCCGGAUCUGCCCUGCAUCCUCUGCAAGCCGCUGUAUGGCAAAUCAUUUCUAUUAGCUUUCGAUUUUUAUGAUUUUUUUUUUUUUACUGUAUUUACAGAUGUAUCUGAGCUCGGGUCUUUUUAGAUCUCAAGAAAUACACACCAUUCCAGCCAUCUCCAGCCUUCUAUAGGGCAAGUACUGGAAGAAAAAUAUCACAUUGAGAAGAAUGCAUAAAGGGAAGGAGGGCAUGCAAAAAUAUGUGUGCUUGAAUUGAUGAGAAAUGCAGCCAGAGAUGAGCCUUUUUAUAAAGAAAACAGUCAGUCGCUCUGGUACUGCUACUACACCCUACACAUUAUUAUUAUUAUGGAAAUAUCAGAAAGUCUAGCAGUAAUACAAACAGCCUGAAAAAGGCCAUUUCUCCAAGCUGAGCAUCUUCAGAAUGCUGCAGUGGAUGGGUGAAAGCUGAUGGUCUACUGAGCAACCAAAUUGUAUUCAAAGAAAAGGACUGUGAGUCUUGAUUGAAAGGUUGACCCACAAAGACGGGAUAUAGCCAGUAUUUACUGGCAGCACAGAAAACCACCGAGCACCUGCCAAUGGGCAGUAUCCAUUUUUCUGCAUCAGAGUGGAAGAUACUUUAUUAAGUUAUUUUGUCUCCAUGUGGAAUCAGCAUUACUCUGCUUUCCCCAGUUUUCAGUGAGCUUUCUAGUCAGGGAAGGAACCACACGAUGCUAUGCAGGUCUCUAACAAACAGUGACAACUCUCUGAUUUAUACCACCUCGCAAAGAUUUUGUGGACACUGCUUGAAUUAAAAAUGACUUUGGACAUUUGUGGAUGUUCUUUCUGGAAAUUUACAGAUUUUUUUUUUUUUUUUUUUGGCAGAAGGAGGAAACUUGUCAGACUUUUUUUGGCUCAAGCUUUGGACAAGAAGGUGUUGCUCUGCCAAAUGUUUCUCUUUUCCCAGAUUGUCCACUCAGUAUCUCACAUACCUUGAACUUUGGCGAUUUUUCUUUAGUGAAAAUGUUCAAAUGCCAAAUUUUUCCAUCUUCUUUUACUACUUCAAGCCAGCUUCCCUCUCGCCCUACAUAUGCACAUGUAUACAUACACAUACAGGAGUCACAAGGAAACUGAGAAGCUUUACAGUUACCCGUGUUGUGCAUCACAAAAAUGAGUUUUCUAACUAAUUGUGCCUCUUUGUGUGGGUUUGGUGUCAUAGGAAAAAUCUGUCCAGAAUGUUGUUGUUUUUAUUAUUAUUAUUAUUAUUAUACAUCAUAUCAAAGAAACUAAUUUGUUAGUUGCAAUUUGUUAUAUGCAAGCUGUAUUGUUUGAUGCCAUGCACAUCCAUCUUAUAUACACUGCAGAGGUGUUUCCAGAGAAUACUGAAGCAUUUAAACCUGCUAGCUCUGAUGCUAAGACGUGCAGUGGCGAUCAGCUAGCUAGAGAUUGAGGAUGCGCGUUGUGUCCAUCAGUGUCCUUUCCAUAAACUCAAUGACUCAGAGUGUACAUGUGCGACAGUGUGAAAGAGAGUUGUGUGUAUACUUUAAAAAGCUGUAUAACACGUCCUUGAAGAAUCCAGCCUACUGUAGUGCUACUAUCUCAGCUUGUUCAGAGUGUGAUGUAAAGUGUUUGGGCUUUUUUUUCACUGCCUACUAUCUUAAGAUCGACACUUUGGGAGAAAAACAACAGAUAACUAGAUGCUAACUUAAGUAAAAUGAUCUCAGUUCAUGAAACGUGGUGACAGUUUCAAUCAAAACUUUCUAAUUUUACUGUUUUUCUUUCCGUUGUUCUUUUACUUCUGCUGCUGCCUUUAAAAAUUCGAGUAUCCUACAAAUCUAUAUAUUGUAUCGAACAGCUGGGUAUGUUCAGUAUCUAUUCAGAAGGUUCUGUAUAUAAUUUAUUGCAUUUUCUGUAUGUUUAGUUGGAAACAUUUCAAUGCAUUUUCUGUGCUAAACAUUUGAGUUAAGUGCUAUAUGAAUGUUAAUGUUGAGAACAGUCACUGGUGAUGUUCCUAUGGGCCAAUUCUUUGUCCUUUUUCCCCUUUUUUUUCAAAGUUUUGCAAAAAUUUUAAAACUGUACAUACUGUAUUGUGUUGAAAUAAAUAUGCAGUGAAAUGGUA